UAACCCUGGUUUUUCAUAAACAGUGUCCAGAUUACUCAGUGGACUCCCUGCAGAGAGGAGCACUUCUUUUUCCCCACAGUGCAGUCUACCAGGAACCCCCCCAUACCACCAGGAACCAGCCAUGGCGAUGCGCCCACGUGCUUCCUCUCAGCCUGGAAAGCUUUCCUUCUUCCACAGUCCCAAGGCAGCUUCAGCCCUUCGACCGCGGGCCAUGUCCUCGCGCUCGGGCUCCAUGCUGGAAGAGGAGCUGUCCUGUCCUGUCUGCUGUGACAUCUUCAGGGACCCCGUGGUCCUCAAGUGCAGCCACAGCUUCUGCCGAGACUGUCUGCAGCAGUUCUGGAACAAGAAGAAAGCCAGACGAGAGUGUCCCGUCUGUAGGAGGAAGUGCUCCCUGACGGAGCCCACGGUCAGCCUGGCCCUGAAGAACGUGGCCGACACCUUCCUGAGGGAGCAGGAGCGCAGGGCAGCUGGGACAGGAGGAGGGCCCGGGGGGACAGGGGAGCAGGAAGUGGAGGAGAGGUGUAUCACACACGGGGAAGUUCUCAAGCUCUUCUGUCUGGAUGACUUUGAAGCACUCUGCUGUGUGUGUCACACCUCCAAAAAGCACCAGGGGCACAGAGUGUGUCCUCUGGAAGAGGGAGCGCAGGAUCUCAAGGCAGAACUAAAGAAAGAUCUGAUUCCUCUGAAGAAAAACCUGCGCUGCCUGUAUGAAGCCAAGCAGGAGUGUGAUGACACAACUGUGCACAUCAAGAACCAGACUGAGGCCACAGAAAAGCAGAUGAAAGAGGAGUUUGAGCAGCUGCGGGAGUUCCUGCAGAAGGAGGAGACGGCUCGGAUGGCCGCCCUGCUGAAGGAGGAUGAGGAGAAGAAGGAGCUGGCGAGGAAGAAGUCAGAGAACAUCACCAGAAGUAUCUUCACCUUUUCUCAUGCUGUCAUUGCCAUUGAGAACGAGAUUGGUUCCAGUGAUGCUCUCUUCCUUAAGAAUUACGCCAACACAAAGAAAAGAGCACAGAUCCCACCGAAUAUCCCAGAAAAGGUGUGGAAGGACGCUCUUAUAAAUGUGGCCGAGCAUGUCGGUUCCCUCAAGUACCACGUGUGGGAGAAGAUGGCGAAGCUGGUUCAGUACACGCCCAUCACCCUGGACCCCAACACCGCCUACCCCUGGUUGUCCCUCUCCUCAGACCUGACCUGCGUCACUAACAGCGGAUGCCUCCAGAAUGUCCCGGACAAUCCUGAACGUUUCGGCCAUUUUGUGUUCCUGCUGGGGUCAGAGGGCUUCACCUCGGGCCGCCACGCCUGGGAGGUGGAGGUGGGGGACAAGGCGGACUGGAUGCUCGGGGUGGUCAAGGAGACCAUCGACAGGAAAGGCCACAUUUCAGGUUGUCCCGAAGGUGGCUUUUGGAUGAUUGCCCACUACGAGGGCGAGUACUCGGCCAUGACGAGGCCCAGCACCCCGCUGCACCUGCAGGGGGAGCUGACCCGGGUCAGGGUGCAGCUGGACUUUGACUCCGGACAGGUGAUCUUCUCCAACCCUGUGAGCAUGAUGCCCAUCUACACCUUCAAUGAUUUCUUUACUGAGAAGAUUUACCCCUUUUUCUGCCCUGGAGCCAACAUUAAUGGGAAUAACCCCAACCCGCUGAAGAUCUGCACCGCUAAGGUGGCUGUGUGGAACAGUGCUACAUGGUGAAUUUGAAAAAAAAUCUAACCAUAU